UUGUGCGUCCAUAUUGAAUUUUGCUGUUGACAUUACGUGCGGUGUAGUCGAGGUGUAGUGUUAUUUCAGUCGAAUUCAAUUUUAAAACGAAUCAUAUAAAGUAGCUUAAUGUGAAAGGAUUGUUCAUAUAAAUCACUAACAAUGGCUCGCUAUGGGCAAAGGCCCGAAAAUGCACUUAAACGUGCUCAUGAAUUUAUUGAAGUCGGUAAGCCAGCUAGAGCAUUAGAUACUUUGCAAGAAGUCUUUAGGAAUAAAAAAUGGGCUUACAACAACUGGUCCGAAUCUGUACUGGAACCUAUAAUGUUCAAAUACCUCGACCUCUGUGUAGAACUGAAAAAGUCACAUAUUGCCAAAGAAGGUUUGUUCCAGUACCGAAACAUGUUUCAAUCUGUAAAUGUUGGUUCUUUGGAAAAUGUUAUUCGAGGAUAUCUUAGAAUGGCUGAAGAAAAGACUGAAUAUGCCAGGGAACAGUCUGCUCAAGCUGUUGUUGAUAUUGAUGAUCUUGACAACCUUGCUACACCAGAAAGCAUAUUAUUAAGUGCUGUUUCUGGAGAAGAUGCUCAAGAUCGUUCUGACCGUACGAUAUUAACACCUUGGGUGAAAUUUUUAUGGGAAUCAUAUUGUCAGUGUUUAGAACUUCUAAGAACAAAUGCUCAUGUGGAAACAUUAUACCAUGACAUUGCUAGGAUGGCUUUUCAAUUUUGCUUGAAGUAUAAUAGAAAAACUGAGUUUCGUAAACUAUGUGACAAACUGAGGAAACAUUUGGAAGAUAUUUGUAAGCUUCCAGCCCAAGUUGCCAAUGUCUCCAUUGCUAAACCUGAGACCCAGCAACUUAACUUAGAAACAAGGUUGUACCAGUUAGAUUCUGCUAUACAGAUGGAACUUUGGCAGGAGGCAUACAAAGCUAUUGAAGAUAUCCAUGGGCUAAUGAAUAUGUCUAAAAAACUUCCUGUACCAAAAACUAUGGCAAAUUAUUAUCAAAAAUUAGCCAUGGUGUUCUGGAAAGCUGGAAAUUAUCUUUUCCAUGCAUCAGCUUUGUUUAAACUGUUUCAAUUAUCUAAAGAAAUGAAAAAGAACAUUACCCAGGAAGAAUUGCAAAGAAUGGCUUGCCGAGUACUUAUUGCAACUUUGUCUAUUCCACUGCCAUCUGCUCAUCCUGAAUUCGAUCGUUUUAUAGAAACCGACAAAUCGCCACUAGAAAAAGCGCAAAAACUUGCUGUGCUUUUAGGUUUGAUGCAGCCACCAACUCGUGCUAGCCUACUUAAGGAUUUGGUCAGAGUAAAUGUAAUUAAUCUUGCAACACCCCAACUUCAAGAACUAUACAAUUGGUUAGAAGUGGAUUUCCACCCUUUAUUACUUUGUUCAAGGGUUCAGUCUGUUAUCAAUUUCUUAAAGUCUGAUGAAGGUUCCCCAUUAGUUCAGUAUAUACCUGCGCUCCAAGAUGUGACACUGGUUCGCUUAGUUCGCCAAGUAGCUCAAGUUUAUCAAACCAUUGAGUUUGGUAGACUCAUAGAGCUAGCCCAAUUUACAACCCCAUUUCACAUGGAACGUCUUCUAGUCGACUGUGUAAGGCAUAAUGAUAUGCAAAUUCGAAUAGAUCAUGGAAAACAAUGUAUUCAUUUCGGGAUUGAUCUAAGUGAAAGUCAGAGGGAAGAUAUUCCUGAAGGACCUACCUUGCAAGCUAUGCCCAGCGAAAUGAUACGCAAUCAACUUAUUAAUAUGUCCACUGUGCUCCAUCAAGCAGUGAAUGUUAUAAAUCCAAACAAAAAGAAGGUGGAAAGAGAAGCUUUAAAGCAUGCAAUGGUUAAGAAUUAUCAUGAAACAAAGGUUCAGGAGCAUCAGCGUAUAUUGGAAAGACACCAGAUCAUAGAAGAUAGAAAAGAAUACAUCGAGCGUAUGAAUACUGUACGAGAGGAAGAGGAGCAAAGGAGGUUGGAAGAAAUGCAACGUCAACAGGCAUUAGCUGAACAAAAACGCUUAGAACAAGAAAGGGAAGAGAGAGAACGCAAGAGAGCUUUAAAUGAAAUACAGCAAAUAAAAGAUCGUCAUCUUAAAGAAAAAAUGCAACAGAUUUCUCAAACUACUCACGGUCAAAGGGUCUUAAAGAAAUUGGAAGAAGACGAUAUAAAAAAAAUGGACGCUGAUCAGAUAGCAGCUCGUGAGGCGGAGGAACUACAAAAGGAACGACGAGAACUUCAAGCCAAGUUAAAGUCUCAAGAAAAGAGAGUUGAUUACUUUGAAAGGGCGAAAAGACUGGAAGAAAUUCCCUUACUCCAAGCCUACUUAAAAGAGCGACAACAACAAGAUCAGGCUUUCUGGGAACAACAAGAAAAGGAGAGAAUUGCUGCUGCCAUUGAGGAACGUAAACUUGCCGUUGCCACUUGUGAACGUUUAGCAAGAAUGAAACCUGACAAAGACGCAUUCCUCGAAAUGCUCUUAAAGAAGAGGAACAGUAUUUAUGAGGAAAAAUUACGCAAAUUCGAAGAACGUCUUGCAGAAGAAAGGAAGAAACGCCUUGCAGAACGAAAAGCUACACGUAAAGAAGAAAGACGUGCAAGAUGGCUGAAAGAGAAACAAGAAGAGGAGGAGCGUAAACGAGAGGAAGAAAAACGUAGAGAAGAAGAAGAACGUGCCCGUCUUGAAGAAAUCGCUAGAAAAGAAAGGGAAGAACGAGAGAGACAAGAGCGUGAAGAAAGGGAGAGAAAACAAAAAGAACAACAAGAAAUGCUAGAAAGAGCAGCAGCCAAGCAGAGAGCACGUGAAGAAGAAAUAGAAAGAAAAUUACAAGAGGAACGUGAGGCCCUUAAAGAGUCUACACCUGCUUCGUCUUGGCGAAGUAAGGGCGAAACAAUGUCUUCUUCUGACGUUAGUGACUCUUGGAGGCGACCAGAAAAGGGCGAUGAGUCUAAGAAACCUGAGGCAUGGAGAUCUCCAGCAUUAUCACAAAAACCCCGUGACCAGGACCGUGAUAAAGACCGUGAACGUGAAGAUGCUGAUAAGGAACGUGAUCGAGAGCCAACGUCGUGGCGCAAUAAGGAAAGUCGUGAUGGUCCUCGAGAAAUAGGUCGUGGAGGCGGAGAACGCUAUCGUAAAGAUGACCGUGAUCGUGGAGAUGAUCUUUAUCCCCGUGAGGAUCGCUACGACCGAGACCGAGAUCGUCGUGAUAAUCGAGACCGUGACAUAGACAGAGACAGAGAUAGAGAUAGAGAUCGCCGAGACGAUAGGGAUAGGAGAGAUGACAAAGAUCGUUAUAGGGACGACUAUAGAGAUCGUCGCGGCGACGAUAGAGACCAUCGUAGAGAUGACAGGCGCAGAGACGACAGGGACAGGGAUCGUGAUCGUUACAUUAGGGAUGAUUAUCCAGAUCGUCGUGGUGAAAGAUUUCGGGAAAGGAGAGACGACAGAAGAGACGAUAAGGAUAGAGACCGAAAAGACGAUAGACGAUUCGAUCGCGACAGACGAGACGGAGAUAAAGGAAAAGAUACUAGGAUUACAAGGGGUCCAGGUGGAGGAAGUGGAAGUGUUCGAGAAUCUACAGGAAAUAGCUGGCGCGCUGGAGGAGUACGCAAGGAUGACUUACGUCGCGAUGACAAAGAGGACAGGAAGAUCAAGUCUGAAAAACCUGAACAAGUUUCUGCAAACAAAGAUGGUUGGACAUCAGUGGGUUCUAAACGUCGUUAAUUUGUCAUCAAUAUGAAAACAAUUAUUGCAGUUUAACGAAAUAAAUAGUAAAUACUGAUUUAUUUUUACAGGUUAUUUUUACGGAAAAUGGUAAAUUGGCUAGUUUAAUUGAUCCUCCCAGUUAUCCUUCAAAACAAACCCUUUCCCUAUUGUUUGUUACAUAUUGGGCUUUAUUAUUGUCCUUUUAAGGCAAACAAACAAGUCGUUAUAUUCAUAGAUCACCUGUAAUUAAAAGCAAACAUUUUAAUGCUUAUACUAUAGAUCCCCAAUAAAUAUAGUAAACGUAA